AUGGACGACUUUUGCAAGCGCGUAAAGAAGUAUUUGCGAGAUAGAAUUCAAUUACGUAGGGACGCGAAUCCCAAACACCACACCACGUUUCACCCGCCCACCACCCACCCACCCAUCCAUCCAUCCAUCCAUCGGCUCCACCUCAACUCCCGACUGCCCUCCCCGCUGGUCUUAGGCCACAUCGGCGGCCAUCACAUCCCUUCAGCGCCACACGACCCUCAACAUCAUCACACCGCUUCUAGCCACCCAACAUUCAUCCUCUACACCUACAUCCGCCUCUAG